UUCCUACUUAAAAACAAUAAUAAUAAAUACGCAAGAUUUUUUGUCCUGACGCAAUUGUUACAUCGCUUACGGCAAGGGCUGCAACUACAACUGGAGCCAUCACCACUACCAACACCACUACUACCGCCACCGCCACCACCACCACUAGCAACAACAACAACAACUACACCACAACUACACUUCACCACAAUCAUAUAUCAUCGCCAUCAUCAUCAUUACGAACGUCACUACCAUGACCACCAACACCGACACCGACACCAUCACCAGCGCCGCCGCUACUAUCGUCUCUCCGUUCGUCCGUCCCUAAAACUACCACUAAACUACCUCCCCAACCAUGCGCCGAUACCAGCCACAUCAUCUAUACACGGUGGUCGCUAGCACGACUGUAACAACCACUACCGCUACUACCGCCUUGACAACUACUGCCACUAUUAACUGUAGAUAGUACAGCUACUACAGCCGCUGCUAAUACAACCACUACUAAGUGUUGCACUGCAUGUAGAUGUGAAGAAGCUGUGCUCGCUGCUGGUGCGUUUUCAGUUUUGUCUUCCUCUCUAUCUUACACACUUCCAAGUGUGUCUUCCUAUUAUCUCUUUCUCUCCUUCUCUCUCUCCUUCUCUCUAUCACUUCUCCUCCUCUAUCUCUAUAUAUCUACCUCUCUUUUCUUUCUCUAUACACAAUAAUAUAAUAUAUAUACAUAUCUAUACAUAUAUCUAUAUAUCUAUACAUAUUAUUUCUUUCUUUCUCUCUUCCUAUCAUUCUCAGUCUGAUAUUCUUCCUUACUCUUCAAUCAUUCCCUUCGACAUCUCUGUGAUUCCCCUGGAUUAUGCACUAAAUCUCAGGAAGAUUUACCAAGAAGAAGAAAUAUUUUUUCCUUAAGAAUCAGCUUCCUAAGAAACCUGUCCAAAUGGAAAUGACAAAGAUGGGAUCCUCGAUGGGUGAGGGUACGGAAAGACCGCACAAACUUUACGAAAACUCGGACGAAUAUGAAGAAAAGACAUUGUAUGGAUUAAAACUGGAUGCUUUGACAUCAAAAAUUAAAACACCUCAAUUUAUUUACAUUUUAACUUUCUUUUCGGGCCUCGGAGGAUUCCUUUUCGGUUACGAUACCGGGGUUAUAUCUGGCGCCAUGAUCCUGCUACGGAAUACUUUUCUACUGUCGUCUGUAUGGCAAGAAUUGAUUGUCAGUGUGACCAUUGCUGGGGCUGCCGUGUUUGCUAUCGUCGGAGGUCUCCUGAACGACCGCAUCGGACGGCGCCCCACCAUCAUGAUUGCUAGUGUUGUCUUCACCACCGGAGCUAUAUGUAUGGGCAUGGCCCCAGACAAAUACGUUCUGUUGUGUGGUCGGAUUAUCGUCGGUGCCGGAAUAGGUCUAGUGUCAAUGACAAUUCCAGUUUACCUAGCGGAAUGCGCACCAAGUCAUGUUCGUGGAAGAAUUGUAUCAACCAACAUAGCCAUGGUGGCCGGUGGACAGUUUUUUGCAAAUGUCAUAGAUGGAAUAUUUGGUUUCAAUGAAGAAACUGGAUGGAGAUAUAUGCUGGGCCUGGCUGGAAUUCCUUCUGCCAUUCAGUUUAUUGGGUUCAUAUUUAUGCCAGAAUCUCCACGCUGGUUGAUUACUCGAAACAGAGACGAUGAAGCAAGACUAGUCCUACAAAAGAUGAGAGGCUACCGUGAUAUUGAAGAAGAACUAGAAAAUAUUAAAAUCAGUUGCCAUGAGGCAGAGCUGCAGGAAAAGACAAUUGCAGGUAAAAAUCCAAUAAUUCUACAGAUGAUACAGACACCAUCAGUACGUCGGGCACUCAUUGUUGGUUGUAGCUUACAACUUAUACAACAAGUAGCUGGUAUCAACACAGUUAUGUACUACAGUGCUACAAUUAUCCGUAUGUCUGGUGUGAAGAGUGAUGAAGCUGCCAUUUGGUUGUCCGCAGUGACGGCAGCAGUGAACUUCUGCUUCACUCUCGUUGGUUUGUACUUAGUGGAAAAAAUUGGGCGCAGAGCUCUAACUCUCGGCAGUUUGCUGGGUGCUGUGAUCAGUUUAGCAUGGCUGGCUGUUGGUUUCUAUCUUUCUUCUGAAAACACUCCAGCCGUUAAUUUUGUUGAACCUGUAGCAGUGGAAACCUCUUGCGCUGCACACAAAAACUGUAACCAGUGCAUGCGUGACUUAUACUGUGGUUAUUGCUACAUGGAUACUUUCCGAGGUUCAGUCAAUAGCUCCUGUUUACCAGCAGAUUAUGAUAACCCUUGGUUAUCAACCAAAGGCCGCUGCAAUUCUACCUACUUACCUGGGAAACUUACCUGGGCUUAUGACUACUGUCCUACACCAUAUGCCUGGAUGCCCAUGGUUGGAUUAGUUCUUUAUCUUGUUUUCUUUGCUCCAGGAAUGGGUCCUAUGCCAUGGACCAUUAAUUCUGAGAUCUACCCAUUGUGGGCACGAAGUACUGGCAAUGCAGCAGGCACUUUUACUAACUGGUUUACCAAUUUGAUUGUGUCAAUGUCUUUCCUUAGUCUGACAGAAGUUCUUACAAGACAUGGAACAUUUUGGUUAUACACAACACUUGCACUGCUGGGAGGUAUUCUGCUAGCAUUUAUCUUGCCAGAAACUAAAGGCAAAACCCUGGAGGAAGUCGAAGGUGUUUUUGCCAAGUCUUGGUGUGCGCAAGGUCCAAUUUUACCGUCCGUCAAAUCUAUACAGUAUGUCCACAUACGUGGUUUAAAUCGGGACGGAAGGGAGUCAGAACUGGAUUCUCCUUAGGAAUAACACAAUAAUGACAGCUGCACACUUUGGAACAGAUCUAUUUCUUCUUUUUAGCAGAGCCAGUAUUCCAUCUCCAAUAUUUGGCAGUUUAGUGGUAAAUAAUUAGAAAAAUUAAUGUUUUACAGAUCUGAUUCUCUCCUUCUCUCUCUCUCUCUCUCUCUUUAACUGUUUCAUCCUUCCUGUUUCCUCCUCUCUUCCUCUUUACAAUACUCAUUUACAUACAGUUGCACCCAGACACAGACACACAUAUGCAAUGCAUGCAUACAUUUUCAGAUGCUCUCUUCUUUUGGAGGCCACACCACAAACACACACAGAGACACAUACAUGCACACAGAUAUAUAUAUAUAUAUAUAUAU